AUGGCACAGCAGGCCGGGCUUCUUAAGCCCGAGGAAGACUGGACCGGCAUCAGCGAUCCCAAAAUGAGACGGAGAUUACAAAAUCGGAUCAACUACCGGGCUUGGAGUAAGCAAGUUCACAGUGCCUGUAUUUACGACUCUUUGACUGAUGAUGAACCAGAGAGGAGGGAGAACAUGAGGCUCUUUGGAUAUGGUUCCACCAAUACAAGACCAGUGAAUGAGACGACCAGUAUAUCUCUCAUAAGUAUGACAGACAAACUUAUUUCCACACUCUGCUCUUCAUCUCUGGUUAUUAUUGAGGCUCGAAUGGCCGACUUCGAACGUGCCGCCGUCUACGCCUAUACAUCCGAGUCCCCUAGAAUAGAUCUUCUUUUCAACUUGACACAAUUCAACGUGAUGAGAGGGCUGUUCAUAAACAUGGCAGCUCUUGUGUACAGCCCAAGUCUGUUCACAGACGCUUCUGGGACCGUCUCGGAUACCAUCAUCUCUCCUCUUGCUAUUCCAGCAGCCACGCUGGCAUUCUCAUCAAUGGCAAGCCACCUGCGGCCGACCUCGCUGCAGCUUACAGUGAAGCAUCACCCUUGGAUUGACCUGUGGCCAUUUCCAAGAAUGCGCGAUAAUAUACUGAAUCGGGGAGAGGAAUAUGACGACACCGAGCUCUGCCUUGAUCUCGUGGAAAACUACUGUGGCCCCAGCGAGAUGUCUGGAUUUAGAGUCUGGGGUGACCCGUGGAACCCGGAGAACUGGGAAAUCAGUGAAGAAUUCUUGACAAAAUGGGGCUGGGUUGUCGCUGGAUGCAGUGAACUGUUGAUUGCUACGGACUACUGGAGGGAGUGGCGAGGAGACAAGGCACUAUUCCAUCUAUCUACACUAUGA